GCAGGGCUCGGCGCAGGCGCAGUCAGCGCGGGCCCCUGCCGCGGGCUCAGGCGCGCGGGUUGCGAGCGGCGGCCGCCAUGGACGACGAGGAGGAGACGUACCGGCUGUGGAAGAUCCGCAAGACCAUCAUGCAGCUGUGCCACGACCGCGGCUACCUGGUGACGCAGGAUGAGCUGGACCAGACGCUGGAAGAGUUCAAGGCCCAGUUUGGGGACAAGCCGAGCGAGGGGCGGCCCCGGCGCACGGACCUCACGGUGCUGGUGGCCCACAACGACGACCCCACCGACCAGAUGUUUGUCUUCUUUCCAGAGGAGCCUAAAGUGGGAAUCAAGACCAUCAAGGUGUAUUGCCAGCGGAUGCAGGAGGAGAACAUCACCCGGGCCCUCAUUGUGGUACAGCAGGGCAUGACUCCCUCCGCCAAGCAGUCCCUGGUUGACAUGGCCCCCAAGUACAUCCUGGAGCAGUUUCUGCAGCAGGAGCUACUCAUCAACAUCACGGAGCACGAGCUGGUCCCAGAGCACGUCGUCAUGACCAAGGAAGAGGUGACAGAGCUGCUGGCCCGAUACAAACUCCGAGAGAACCAGCUGCCCAGGAUCCAGGCAGGAGACCCCGUGGCUCGCUACUUUGGGAUAAAGCGAGGGCAGGUGGUAAAGAUCAUCCGGCCCAGUGAGACCGCGGGCAGGUACAUCACCUACCGGCUGGUGCAGUAGCGGCUGGCUCAGUCGUCUGUCACCUUCCGGGGGGCGCGGAAGUGGCCCCACUUCGCACUCGGCUGGUCUCGGCCCGCAGCACAGACAUGACGCCUGGUUGUGCCGCUCCCUCCCUCCCGGCAGCCCAGAGACCAUUGGGGGCUGUGGCCACCAUCCCCACGCUGCGCGCCGGGUGGCUGGCCUGCCCUGUGGGAGCCACGGCCCUCAGGAACCUCACUGCUGCUUCUGGGUGCUGAGCCCUCGCUGGACCUGGCACGAGCUGCCUCCAGGGGGGACGGGAGGCCACAGGGAGGCUCGCAGGUGGCUGGUGACAGUGGUCCUGGGUCAGGUUUCUGGCCGCCCGGCACUGUGCUGUCACCGUGCCCCGUGGGUGGCCCUGAGGUCUCUGUCUGUGAGCACACACCCCGCAGCAGGGAGCCAGUCGCUAUUUGAUGUUGGGCGUUUAUAAAAAUUAAAGGUGUUUGAGUAAACAAA